CAAGGCUUUCACCCUCUGAAUUUCACCAUUCCUUCCGAUAUUACUGUUCGUGAAGAGUCUAAGCCGGGAAAGCGCAGACUAUCGGACGACGCAACAGCUCGGCCGGAGAAGAAGAUCAUGACCGACCUCAAGAAGAUGCAGGUGGAUAACCCACAGGAGACUGUGGAGAUGAUCAAGCAUGGAGAGAUUGACGAGUCUCUGUACAGCCGACAACUAUAUGUGCUCGGCCAUGAAGCUAUGAAGCGCAUGGGCUCUUCGAAUGUCCUGGUCGUGGGUCUGAAGGGUCUGGGUAAUAUUGCCCUCGCCGGCGUCAAGUCCCUUACCCUUUACGACCCUGCCCCCGUCGCUAUUUCGGAUUUGUCCUCGCAGUUCUUCCUCCAGCCUCAGGACGUCGGUAAACCUCGCGCCGACGUCACCGCUCCACGAGUUGCCGAGCUGAACUCCUACGUUCCAGUGACCAUCCAUGAGGGCGGAAACCUUGCGGGUGAUCUGGAGCAGCUGAAGCGGUAUCAAGCGGUGGUGCUGACGCAGACACCGUUGAAGGAACAACUGGCGAUCGCGGACUUCUGCCACAAGCAUGGCAUUUUCCUCACGAUUUCGGAUACCUUUGGUCUUUUUGGUUACAUCUUCAAUGACUUCGGCAAGAACUUCACUGUCGGUGAUCCUACAGGCGAGGAACCUGUCAGUGGAAUUGUGGCCGACAUUGAUGAGACCGGCCUGGUAUCCGCGCUGGAUGAGACUCGCCACGGGUUGGAAGAUGGAGAUUUUGUGACUUUUACGGAAGUCAAGGGUAUGGAUGGCUUGAACAGCAGUGCGCCUCGCAAAAUUACUGUCAAAGGUCCUUACACAUUCACUAUUGGUGAUGUAUCGGAUCUGGGCACGUACAAGGGCGGUGGUAUCUACACACAGGUCAAGAUGCCCAAGUUCAUUGACUUCCAGCCCCUCGCGGAGCAGCUCAAGACGCCCGAGUUUUUGAUUUCCGACUUUGCCAAAUUUGACCGACCACAGCAGCUGCAUAUCGGCAUCCAGGCUCUUCACAAAUUCGCAGAGACCCAUGAUCGUCAGCUGCCUCGUCCGCACAAUGACAGCGAUGCGCAGCAAAUCCUCAAGAUUGCCAAUGAUCUUGCUGCGAUGCAAGAAGAGAAGGUCGAGCUGGACGAGAAAUUGAUCAAGGAGCUGAGCUACCAGGCUCGGGGUGAUCUGAACCCCUUGGCUGCUUUCUUCGGAGGUAUUGCUGCCCAGGAAGUCCUGAAGGCCGUCUCCGGAAAAUUCAACCCCGUCCACCAGUGGAUGUAUUUUGAUUCCCUGGAGUCUCUGCCUUCGUCGACCACUCGGUCCGAAGAAAGCUGCAAGCCCCUUGGCACUCGUUACGAUGGACAGAUUGCUGUCUUCGGUAAGGAGUUUCAAGAUAAGAUCGCCAACGUCACCCAGUUCCUCGUCGGCGCCGGUGCUAUCGGUUGCGAAACCUUGAAGAAUUGGGCCAUGAUCGGUCUGGGUACCGGCCCGAAGGGAAAGAUCUACGUGACGGAUAUGGAUCAAAUUGAAAAGAGCAAUCUGAACCGGCAGUUCCUCUUCCGAUCGAAGGAUGUUGGCAGACUCAAGAGUGACUGUGCCUCUGCUGCCGUUCAGGCCAUGAACCCUGAUUUGAAAGAUAAGAUUGUGACUCUCCGUGACCGCGUUGGUCCUGACACCGAGCACAUUUUCAAUGAGGAAUUCUGGAACGGACUGGAUGGGGUUACGAACGCCUUGGACAAUGUCGAUGCGCGGACGUAUGUCGAUCGCCGCUGUGUCUUCUUCCGCAAGCCGCUGCUGGAGAGUGGCACGCUUGGCACCAAGGGCAACACCCAGGUUGUUCUUCCUUUCAUCACCGAGUCUUACUCCAGCUCUCAAGACCCCCCAGAGAAGUCGUUCCCUAUGUGCACUCUGAAGAGUUUCCCCAACCGUAUUGAACACACUAUUGCCUGGGCGCGGGAUCUUUUCCAGACGCUCUUUGUGGGUCCACCGGAGUCAGUCAACAUGUAUCUCUCGCAGCCUGAUUAUAUCGAGCGGACGCUCAAGCAGGCCGGUAAUGAGAAGCAGACUCUGGAACACUUGCGGGAUUUCUUGGUUACUGAAAAACCGCUAACUUUCGAUGAUUGCAUCGUGUGGGCCCGGCAGCAGUUUGAGUCGCAGUACAACAAUGCGAUCCAGCAGCUACUCUACAACUUCCCUCGGGAUUCGAAGACCUCAUCUGGUCAGCCGUUCUGGUCUGGACCUAAGCGUGCGCCGACGCCAUUGAAAUUUGACAGCACCAAUCCUACGCAUCUCGGAUUUGUCAUUGCAGGCGCCAAUCUUCAUGCUUUUAACUACGGUAUCAAGAACCCUGACGCGGACAAAGGUUACUACCGAAAGGUUGUCGAUGACAUGAUCAUCCCUGAGUUCACACCCAGCUCCAACGUCAAGAUUCAGGCCGACGAGAACGAGCCUGAUCCCAACGCGCAGCCCGCUGGAGGCUCGAAUGACGAUGAUGAGAUCCAGAAACUUGUGGCCACUCUCCCGUCCCCGAAGUCUCUGGCAGGCUUCCGCCUUCAGCCCGUUGAAUUCGAGAAGGACGAUGACACCAACCACCACAUCGACUUCAUUACUGCGGCCAGCAACCUCCGUGCUGAUAACUACGAGAUCCCGCAAGCGGACCGGCACAAGACCAAGUUUAUUGCCGGAAAGAUUAUCCCGGCUAUUGCCACCGCCACCGCUCUUGUCACCGGACUUGUUGCCUUGGAGUUUUUCAAGAUCAUUGAUGGCAAGGACGAUAUUGAACAGUACAAGAACGGUUUCAUCAACAUUGCGCUGCCAUUCUUCGGCUUCAGCGAACCGAUUGGAAGCCCCAAGGGCAAGUACAUGGGUAAGAAGGGUGAGGUCAGCAUCGACCGGCUCUGGGAUCGGUUCGAGGUGGACGAUAUUCCCCUGCAGGAGUUCCUCGACUGGUUCGCUGAGAAGGGCUUGGACAUCACCAUGGUCAGCUCUGGCGUCAGCUUGUUGUAUGCAAGCUUCUAUCCUCCGUCAAAGGUGAAGGAUCGCCUUCCUCUGCCGAUGAGCAAGCUUGUCGCGCACGUCAGCAAGAAGCCGGUACCCGAACACCAGAAGAACAUCAUCUUCGAGGUGACAGCCGAGGACCAGACGGAGGAGGAUGUGGAGAUUCCGUACGUGAUGGUCAAGCUCUCUAACUGA